AUGAGCGCUGUAGAUGUAGAUGUGGAUGUGGAUGCAAGGUGCGAGUACAUUGAGAGAUUAGGCAUUCUUCAAUCAGGCAGGAGUCGAGAAAGAUGGUUUCGGAGGGGGGAGGUCAUGGCAUUGGGCAGUGCUGUCACUUGGUGGUGGUGCUGGUGGUGGACGGUAUACAUGGCAUCACAGCUCCACUCGGUUGUGGUGGGGAGAGCGCAGGGCCAGGUGCAAAGCUUGGCAGUGACCAAGUUCCAUCAGCACCCAAACAGCCAGUCACCACAAGUCAUCAUGGAACAUGAAUUCAGCAUCGCAAAGCUUCGGCCUUGA